GUUUCGUUUCACGCGGACCUGCGUUCUUCGCUGCUGCCGUUUUUUUUUCGCUUUUCGCCGCCAAAUUUUAUGCGCGAUUUUUGAAUCGGGUUUUUACGAGUUUUACAUACCUUUUUUCUCUUUCCUUGCGCCUUUUACCUGGUUUCGAUUCGUCUGCGUAUGGUAAAUCGUCUAUAAACGUUUUGUUUUCGUGGUGAAUUUUCAAUGAUAAAUAUAAUAGUGAUUACAAGUGCAUGUGAGUGAAAACCUACACUGAAGUUUAUCGUGAUUCGCGUGAGUCGUACGAAUUCGCGCUAUUUUACGUAAUCGGUUCGGAAAAGCAGCCAGAUUCCGGAAGAGGCAGUUGAUCAGAUGUUGACAAUUGAUGCGAUAUUUUGUUGAUACAAUUUAAACGGGAAUUGUUAUUGUUGGCACGAAUAGAUCCUGCUGCAUCUUCAUCCAAUGUCUGUGCUCGUAUCGAACCCCAUCGCCUCAAGUUUCACCACUUGACGGGAUCCAACGUCGGCUCGAGAUUGUCGCCGAAUUUCAGGCACACAGUUGGCUAAAAUUUCGAUGAAAAUAUCGAUAAAAUGGUGACCAUGAACGUCGGUACUUAUAACAAUAAUUGCUCGGGUGUGUACAGCGGAUCUGCAGACUGCUAUACAAAUUCUGGCUACGAUCACUACCAAUACCACCACCAUCACUACUACCAAGAUCAAGUCUACCCAUCCGACUACUGCGGUACUGCCAACCGGAUCGAACCCUUACCCAAACAAUACAACAAUGUCGGAUACUACGACUCGAUGCUCGGAUACAGCGACUACAGCAAUAACAGCGCAGACUUGAAUGAUUUCCGUCGAGAAGACACCCACUAUUACCCGUUGUCGCAUCAAUCGCAUCAUCAACACUACCAUCAAGACGAUGUCAACAUCAUUACGUCGGCCAACGGAUUAAGUUACACGAAUUUAGAUUACACGACUAGUUCGGAGAAUUACAGUUACCAUCUGAAAACGCCGCCCAAGGAAUACGUUAAUUAUGAAACAGUCGACGUGAAGAGAUCGGAAAACGAUCAGCAUACGCGAAGGCAUGACGACUGUCACGAGAACAUCGAUUACCUUCAACAACAGCAACAGCAACAGCAACAACAAAGUGCAAUAACAACCGACGAACAUUACCAAAGCACCUAUACGCCUUCGUCGGUCAAAGAAGAGCCCCAUUACCAUCAACAUACAGCAGCGUCUUCCGCUAUAAAUCCGUUACCAGAUUAUCAUCAUCAAUCUAUCGUACCUAUACACCAUAUACAUCAGAAUGCCCACCAUCACCAUCAGUCACAACAUGUUAAUCCGACCGCUAGCACGGCGCAAACCAGCGUGCCUACGUAUAAAUGGAUGCAAGUCAAAAGAAAUGUACCUAAGCCUGCUACCAAAACGUUACCUUCAGAUUAUCAAGCUAGUAAUAACAAUUACAGUAACGCCAACGUUCUCCAGACCAACACCGGUAAUGGAAAUAUGUUAAUCGGAAGUCACUAUGGAAGUAAUUCGAACAUUAUGCAAAAUGGAGGAAAUGCGUUGUUAAACAACAGCGGAAGAACUAAUUUUACUAAUAAACAGCUCACAGAAUUGGAGAAAGAGUUUCAUUUUAAUAAAUACUUAACCAGGGCGAGAAGAAUCGAAAUAGCUACUACUCUUCAGCUGAACGAGACACAAGUGAAAAUAUGGUUCCAGAAUCGUCGAAUGAAACAGAAGAAAAGAAUGAAAGAAGGAUUAAUACCGCAAGAUGUAGGUAGCAUGAAUAUCGGUUCUAGUUGUCCUGUGAAUAGUACGAGUAGUACUAGCAAUUCUCCUACGACUGUACAAAACACUUCGCAUCAGAAUGAAGACAGUAUGGAUUAGCUGGAUGAGUUUUUUUUAUAGGUAAUUAAUUUUUUGUGUUUUUUUGUUUUUUUUUAUUCCCACGAGUGAAUCAGUUACAAUUCGUCAGUUCCGAUCGAGCUGAAAUUUGGAUCACUGAGAGAGCAUUUGUGACCCUGAUCUCGGAGUGGAAUUAUCAAAUUUUCAGAUGUCGAAGUAGAUUUUUUGAUUUUUGGUAAAUGGUAGAAACAGCAUAUCUACCCCCUAAUAUGUUAAUUUUGUAAAAAAAAAAAAAAAAAAAAAAAGAGUAAAAA